AUGUCAACCACCAAUCAUCUGGGCGCUGCCACCAGCGGCGAGGCGGAGAAACCACCGCGUGACGCGUCGUACGAAAGCAGCAACGACAUCCGGCCUGCGUCGACGAGGGAUAUCGAAAAAGGUGACCCCACGGACCCGGCAAGUCCUACUUACGAUGGCGAGACGAGAAAGAGGAGACGCUCAUCAGCGUCGGUGAUGGCGGGGAGGAGUGAUCCGUUCGGAGACGAGACGGAAGCCGAGAUCAAGUAUAGGACCAUGUCUUGGUGGCAUGCUUCGAUGAUCAUGAUCGCGGAAACUAUCUCGUUGGGAAUUCUGAGCUUACCGUCUGUACUAGCGGCGAUUGGGAUUGUGCCCGGUGUGAUUCUGAUCGCGGGACUGGGCAUCCUGGCGACGUAUACGGGCUACACGAUCCAUCAGUUCAAGAUGGCGUAUCCGCAUGUGCAUAACAUGGCGGAUGUCGGCGAAGUCUUAUUCUCCUCCUGGGGCCCGACUGCCGCUGCGAUUGGUCGUGAAACACUCGGAGCAUGCCAGACCAUCUUCCUGAUUUUUACUAUGGGCAGUCACGUCCUGACAUUCACCAUCGCGAUGAAUGCCAUCACCAGCCAUGCAACCUGCACUCUGGUAUGGGGCGUAAUCGCCUUGGUAGUGUUGUGGAUCUUGACGCUCCCGCGGACACUGAAGAACGUCUCGUAUCUUUCCAUUGCCUCCUUCAUCUCCAUCGGAGCCGCCGUCAUCAUCACCAUGGCCGGCGUGGGUGCCGCGCCGCCAGAUCCGCACGUGGAAGCGACGAUCAAAACAUCGCUAGCGUCGGCUUUCCUGUCGACGACCAAUAUCAUCUUCGCGUAUGCGGGACACGUCGCCUUCUUCACCUUCAUUUCCGAGCUCAAGGACCCGCGCGAGUUCCCCAAGGCGCUGUUCACGCUGCAGGCGGCCGACACAUCCAUGUACAUCAUCGUUGCUAUUGUCGUGUAUCGCUACGCCGGCCCAGACGUGAAGAGCCCCGCCCUCGGCAGCACAGGCAGCGUGGUUAAGAAAGUGGCGUACGGCAUCGCGCUGCCGACCAUCAUCAUCGCCGGCGUCAUCUACGGCCAUGUGGCGGCGAAGUAUAUUUACGUCCGCGCGUUCAAGGGGUCAAAGCACAUGCAUAGUCGCACUUGGAUCGGCUUUGGUGGCUGGGCGCUCAUUACUCUCGUCAUCUGGGUCAUUGCCUGGAUCAUUGCCGAGAGCAUUCCGAACUUUAACACGCUGCUCGGGCUUAUUAGUAGUAUUUUUGCUAGCUGGUUUACGUACGGGCUGAGCGGAAUAUUCUGGUUGUUUAUCAACUGGGGUGGUAGCGGGAAGAAAGGAAUGGCCGGAUGGUUUGCGGGCGGAAAGAAGAGCGCGUUGGCCGUGCUGAACCUAACCAUUGUAGCCAUUGGAGCGGCAGUAAUGGGGCUGGGUUUGUAUGCCUCGGGCAAAGCGAUUAAUGAGGAGAGUGGGAGCGGGAGUUGGUCGUGUGCGGAUAAUUCAAGUGGCGAGUGA